GUCUCUAUCUCGUGGUUUGAUCCAGUAUUGCAGCAGGUAGCUUACUCUUUCAUUUUAGAUCUCAUGGCAAUAAAACUCCAAAAGUGCUUUCUAGUCGUGCUCGGAAGGAUGAAAAAAAAAAAAAAAAAGUCUCAGAAAUCCUGCGCUUCAGCCGGAUGUGUCUCACUGCUCAGGGAUGGAAAGCAAACAUCAAAUGUGCACUGUUCGGGUUGUUGUGGCGCAAAUGUCUCGUCGUUUGGACAGAAAUAGGUUAUAAGACUUUGUGUCCUGGUCUUAUGGAAAUGGUCCGGUCAGAUCCACUUUCACAGUGAAUCAGUGCGCAGCAGGGACGCGUGCAGCAGGGAGGCUGUCAGUCCUCACCAUCCCUCCCAUUGGCUGCAGCAGGAUGCUCGGCGUCUCUCCUGUUUCCUUGAUCCUCAAAUGCAGCUGGAGCCGAUGCAGGUUUGCCACGGAGCGGGAGAGGGAACCUUCACCUGUAGAUAUUUGACAUUAACCGGUGUUUCACCGUCUCCGAAAAACCACAAGCCACUUCUGAAGUAAAGGCUGGGCGCAUCGGAUAUUGCAUCGCUGCACAGUCUCUGGAAAUAACUUCAUUAUUCCAGUUUUUUUUUUUUUUUUUUUUUUUUCGCGGGCGACUGUCGCCCUGUCCUCUGGUAUAACGGGUAUAGUGCAGGCUGUAGUGUAUGGAGGGAUGUUGGCAUGGCUUGCACCAGGAGAACCAAAACUUUGGUGUCCACAUGCGUGAUCCUGAGCGGCAUGACCAACAUUGUUUGCCUGCUCUAUGUCGGAUGGGUAACUAAUUACAUCGCCAAUAUUUACAUCAAAGUCCCGAUGCCUUUGCCGGAGAGAAAGUUAGAGGGUGACAAAAGAGGCGACACUCUCCGGAUCAUGCAGAGGCUGGAUCGGCUGGAGAAUGUGGUCAACCAGCACAUACAAGAGACUCCAGGGAGAGGAGAGGACGGUCAGGCGGACACAUCAUUCUCUGAUUCGUCGCUGUUCGCUCACUGGGGUCAGGAGCUCAGCCCGGAAAACCGGCGGGUGGCGUUAAAGAUGUUCCAGUACUAUGGAUAUAACGGCUACCUCAGUGAUCGGCUCUCUCUAGACAGGCAAAUACCAGACCUGAGGCCUGAUGGGUGCAGAAACAUCACUUAUCCUUUAAACCUUCCUCAAGUGAGCAUUGUGUUCAUUUUUGUGAACGAAGCCUUGUCCGUCAUCCUGCGGUCCAUUCACUCAGCCAUCAACAGGACGCCCUCCCACCUUCUCAAAGAGAUAAUCCUGGUCGACGACAACAGCAAUAACAAUGAGCUGAAGGAGAAGCUGCAGGAUUUUGUGUCUGAAACGAACAGCCAGCGUCCAGGGUUCAUUAAGAUGGUGCGGCAUGCCAAGCGAGGUCUGAUCCGGUCCAGAGUGAGUGGGUGGAGGGCUGCCACUGCCCCAGUUGUUGCCCUGUUUGAUGCCCACGUCGAGUUCAGCGUCGGCUGGGCUGAACCCAUUCUGCAGAGAAUUAAAGAAGACAGAACCCGCAUCAUCUCCCCAUCAUUUGACAACAUCAAGUACGACACGUUUGAGAUUGAAGAGUAUCCGCUGUCUGCCCAGGGCUUUGACUGGGAGCUGUGGUGUCGCUACCUCAACCCACCCAAGUCCUGGUGGCACAAGGGCAACAAGAGUGCACCAAUCCAGAGCCCAGCCCUGAUUGGCUGCUUCGUGGUGGAUAGGCUGUACUUUGAGGAGAUUGGGCUGCUGGAUGAGGGGAUGGAGGUGUAUGGGGGAGAAAAUGUGGAGCUGGGCAUCAGGGUGUGGCAGUGUGGCGGCAGCGUUGAGGUCCUGCCCUGUGCUCGGAUCGCCCACAUCGAGCGUGCUCAUAAGCCUUACACUGAGGAUCUAACGUCUCAUGUGCGGCGAAAUGCCCUCAGAGUUGCAGAAGUUUGGAUGGAUGAGUUUAAAAGCCAUGUGUACAUGGCCUGGAAUAUUCCCCAGGAGGACUCAGGGAUUGAUAUUGGCGACAUCUCAGAGAGGAAGGCUCUGAGGAAGAGGCUGCAGUGUAAAACUUUCCGAUGGUACCUGGUCAACAUCUACCCUGAGAUGAGGAUGUACAGCGAAACCAUCGCAUAUGGAGUACUGAAAAACUCUCUGAAGAAUGAUCUGUGUCUGGACCAGGGGCCCGACAAUGACAACGUCCCUAUUCUGUAUCUCUGUCACGGGAUGACACCACAGAAUGUGUACUACACCAGUACUCAGCAGCUGCACAUCGGGCUCCUCAGUCCCACCAUUGAUGACGACGACAACAAGUGCCUGGUGGAUGUGAACAGCAGACCUCGCCUCAUUGAGUGCAGCUAUGCUGCAGCCAAACGCAUGAAGCUCCACUGGCUCUUCACUCAGGGAGGAUCCAUUCAGAACAAGAAAUCAAAGAGAUGCCUAGAGCUUGUCGCGAGCAGUGACAAUGAGUUUGGAUACCAACUGGCACUGCAGAAAUGCACUGGACAGAAAUGGUUCAUUACAAACGUGUUGUUUAGCAGCUCGUUGUGAUCGACUGCUGAAAGCAACACCUGAGUGAAUAGCACACCGGACUGGAUGAAGUUGGGUGUUUGGUUUUUUUUUUGGAGGGUUUUUCUGUGAGUGUGUGCACAUGUGUAUGCGUGUGUGUCUGCGUGCGUGAAAGGACGGUGCGUGGUUGAGCAAGCUCAUUUUGAGCACCACAAUGUCCACUGAUGAGCGGUCGACAUCACAUCAUAAAUGUUAAACAUUUUAUUUUGCCUACAGGAUCAGCCAUAGUUGGCAGAUAUUUUGCAGAUUUGACAAGGUAGUAUAUUUAGUAUAUUUUGUGGUAAAUACAGUACAGUCAGAUUUUCGUUGACUUAAAAAAUGUAAUAGGUUCAUGUUUUUGUACUUUGUUCAUAUUUGCUACUGUGUAGCAAGCUUUCUGAACCUGUCCCUGCUGUAAUUAUUUUCUUUUAGUGUCUCAGGUUUGUAGGUUUAUUAUGCGAUUCAGCUCUACAGUUGUGGGAAGAUGUUGGAAUAAAUCUGAAAACAAUACAUAAUUUUCUAAAUGUAAAUAUUUCAAAUAUUUGUAAUAUAUAACAGUAAAACAACUGAUGUAAACUACUGAGUGCAAGUGCCUCUUUUCUUUUGUUGUUGAAGGCACAAUUUGUCUGAACAAAGAGGGUCAUCCUGUCAUUGAAAUUGAAAGGACUGGAAUCUGCCGUCAACCCCAAAUAGAUUUUGGAUUUUAAACCAAGAGUUCAAUACACUGCAACAUUAGGAAAAACACGUACGUACACAUCACAUCACAUCUGUCUUAAAACAAUAGCCAGGUGGCCAUGUGAACAGAUGAAACAGGUUUUGUUUGCUGUGAUUGCUCCUCAUGGUCGGACCGGCUAUUAAGAUGUACCUUCGCAAUGUGUUUCCCGUGUAAGUGAUAGGGGGCAAAAUCCAUGGACAUGUUAUAUUGUUUAAAAUAUUGUGCAUUUCUGUAUUUGUAACUUGGUUGUUGAUAUUUGCAGCACAUUUUGUUGUGCACUUUUGUCAAAUUGGUGAUGCUUUCUUCAUUUGCUUGUGCAUGUAUUUUCUUCUGUUGCAGAGUAUUGAACACUCAGAGCCACCGUAGCUUUGGCCUUUGAAAGGAACUUUUCAUUGAAUAUUGUGCACACAUACAGACUAAUGUACAUGCACGUACCACACCAUUUAGAAAGUGCAGAGUCGCGGAAGUGAUGUAUUCAGUUUAUAGUGACAAAUGCAUGGGCAGAAGCUGAGAAACAGCGUGGCUUUCUGCUCUGACUGUUGUGUGCACCUUGGGAGGAGACGAGUAGCACAGCCUGUUUUCAACAUGCCAGUCCUCAUUACCAUCCAUAUUCAAGCAGAGCUCGGCAAACCAUGGCAUUAAAUAUACAUGGAAACCCACUUUCAUCAAAAGGACUAACACAUCUUAAUAUAUGCAAUAAGAGCGCCUCUGCAUGCCCAACUUUUGAAUGAAAGAAAUCCAACAAAAGAAUUCCCAUGAAUGCCCAUGCACAUUACUUGCAUCUUCUUUUAGUUGAACUCUUGUCCUGACUGCCCGCUGGUGCACUUUCCAAACAUUACUUUCAGCUUCAAAAUGACUGUAGAUGGGGAAUCUGUAUAUGUAUAUUUGUUUAAUAUUCUAUUAUCAUACAUACAUUUAUCACCCUUGUUGAUUUAGCACAUCAUUUGGUGCCACAGAGUGACAUAAGGAGGUUUUUUUUUUUUUUUUUUCAGGUUGGCACAGAGUACACAGCAGAGACAUAAAUUCCCUGUAAAUCUGGAGUAAAAGAUACAUCCAACUGUAUCCCACAGUGAUGGAGCUGUGGAGCUGUUUCUGUCUCAGUAUGACUCACAUGCAAUAUUUCAGAAAAGUACUGUCCUGAUUUCAAUGAAGCCGGGGUGAUAAUAUAUCUGUAUUGCCUUUGAGAUCUAGCAUUUGCAAAAUUACAGUUAUUUACCUUGCUGUGGGAAUUAAAUGCUGAUUUUUAACAGGUUCAUCUCUUUCCUUCCUGAACCAACUGUCAUUUUUUAUGAAGAGUCCUUCUUCAAUUUAAACCUUCUACAGAUAUGCUGAUCUGAUUUUGCCUUGUAUAUAGCAGAAAUGCGUAAUUGAACCAAACAGGCAC